AACCGUCACAUUCUGCGGAGUAGUAGUGUUGGCAUCAUCAGAGGGGCGCGAUUUGCUUAUAAAAUUGCAAUAAUGACUGAAGUGAGGAAGGACGAUGUUGUAAAAAUUCUUCACACCUAUCCAUUUUGUAGAAAAUGUGAUAUGUCCGACGAGAUGAAACAAGAGGCGAUGGAAUUAUGCGUGACUGCAGCAGAGAAAUACGCGGACAACUAUGAGAGCGUGUCUCGAAUGAUCAAGGAGACCAUGGAUAAGAAAUUCGGCGCAUCGUGGCACACGGUCGUCGGAGAGGGUUACGGCUUUGAAAUAACUUAUCAAUUGAAACAUCUUCUGUACAUGUAUUGUGCUGGCAAUCUAGCAAUAUGCAUAUGGAAGUCUGCAUAAUGCACUUUUUUGUAAUUUAUUUAAUGUAUUUAUAUAUGUAUAAUGUAUUUAUAUAUUCAUAUAUACAUAUAUGCACUUGAUUGUCAUGUACUUCCAUAUGAAUGUGCAAAGCGUAUAUACGUAAAUUGUUAUGAGAAAAGAGAAAGAAUAUGUUUAACAUCUCACAAGUAUGGGUCCAAUCUGCAUUUACAAGUUACACAAAUGCUUUAUGGUAUCACAAUUAAACACACUUUGAACUUCUCUGGACUAAUGUAGAUUAAUUUUUAAUCUCGAUUUAACUUUUCAUCUUAUUAUAAUUUUAAAAAUUAGGAAAAGAUACAAAGUCAAAUCGUUUAAAAUUAAGCUAGAUUGGUGUAGACUUUGCGUAUUGGAAACAAUUGAUACUCCAAAUUUGAAACUAUUUAUGAUAAUCUGACUCAGAUGUAUGAAAGGCAAUAAUUAAUGGAAAUACUUUCUAGUACAGAUUACUAAACUAUUUUUUAUUAUUUCAGGAGCAAUUUAUUAUUGUGUGGCAGUAUAUAUAUAAGAUCCAAUACUAAAAUGUACUAUUUUGUAAGAAGAUAUUGAUGUACAAUAUAUAUUUAGAAAAUUCAUAUAUAUGACAG